UAAGAAAAACUCACUGAGGCAGCCUGCCAUCUAGCUUUUCCACAGCAAAACAGACUUUCAGACUGCAGAUGAGAGAGAGAGAGAGAAAGAGAGAGAGUCAGGAGCAGAGACAAUUUUAACUUAGACAUCCCUAAUUUAUCUCAAGCUUUUUCAAUUUGCCUUCACUGUGUAUGCUCACUGGAACAUCAGAUUGCUGUCCUCUGGAAAACAGAAUGCAACCAGGGAUCUCGAGAGGUGUCACAGCUUGAGAAAUAUCCAAAUGGUGCUCAUUUUCUUCUGGAGUACUGAAGAGAAGGAAUAAAACUCCCCAUCAAGUCCCUGCUUUUCCGACAAUAGAUCAGAGGAUAUUGUCAUUUCCUAAUGGAUUAUUGUUAUUGGGCAGAUUCUCCCUGAAGGUUAUGACUACUUGUGGUUGGGACUUGUCAGUGCAGCAUGGGGAUGGCAUGUCAGCUCUUCCACCAUGAACUGAAAACAGCAAAAGCAACAAAUUUGACAGAGAUUUGCAACAUUGCUCUAACUUGAUGGGUUACCACUGCGAGUAUGAAAGAGACUGAAUUUAAGAUUGGAAAAUUCAUCCAUGGUACAUCCUUCAAUGAUCAUUAAAUGACUAAUCAAAUGGCACUUAGCAAGCUCUUCUGAUCCCCUGUGUAUCACAUUUUCAGAGGCUUGGAAGGAAAAACAGUCUAGCUGCAGAAAUGGAUCCUGUAGCAAAAUGGACAGAUGGUGCAUUUUAAUUCAUUACAGACUGAAAAACAAGCAUAUCAAGACUGCUGAAUGCUGGGAACUGGGGCUAGCAGUUUCUUGCAUCACUCAAGUGGAAUACAAGGCUGCAUGGACAAGAAAAAAGAAGAGGCAUCGAGUGUAGCUGAACAGGAAGAGGAUCUGGAGGUAUCCCGUGUACCAGUGACUGGCCUCUCCCAAAUAGAAGGCAUUGGCACUCUUUUACCUGUUUCAGGAAGUACUGUAUGCCUUUCUCUUUACACUGAGAUUCACACUGAAGCAUUUGGACAAAAUGAGGUGUUUACGAAAGCGAUCUGCCGUAUCCUUUCUUGGAGUCCUUGUCAUCUGCUUGCUGUUCAUGAACUUAUACAUUGAAGAUAGCUAUGUCUUGGAUGGAGACAAGCAGUUAAUCAGAGAAUCAGCAACACAUCAAUUAAACUCAGAACGAUAUGCUCACACCUUUAAGGAUCUAUCCAAUUUCUCAGGAUCAAUAAAUGUUUCCUAUCGCUAUCUGGCUGGCACACCUUUGCUAAGGAAAAGAUAUCUAACUAUUGGACUGUCCUCAGUCAAACGGAAAAAGGGGAAUUAUUUGCUGGAGACAAUCAAGUCCAUAUUUGAGCAGUCAAGUUAUGAAGAGCUGAAGGAAAUUGCUGUGGUGGUACACCUGGCCGAGUUUGACUCAGCCUGGUGUGAUGGAAUGGUUCAAGACAUUUCACAGAAAUUUGCCCAUCAUGUAAUUGCUGGGAGAUUGAUGGUAAUCCACACUCCAGAGGAGUACUAUCCAGUACUAGAUGGCCUUAAGAGAAAUUAUAAUGACCCCGAAGACCGGGUGAAAUUUCGUUCCAAGCAGAAUGUAGAUUAUGCAUUCUUGCUUAAUUUCUGUGCUAACCUCUCUGAUUACUACAUGAUGUUAGAAGAUGAUGUUCGAUGUGCCAAAAACUUCUUGACUGUUGUUAAGAAAGUAAUAAAUUCAAGGGAAGGAACCUACUGGGUAACAUUAGAAUUUUCCAAACUGGGCUACAUUGGGAAGCUAUACCAUUCACACGAUCUUCCUCGACUGGCCCAUUUUUUGCUGAUGUUCUACCAGGAAAUGCCUUGUGAUUGGCUGCUUAUACAUUUCCGUGGGCUGUUAGCUCAAAAGGAUGUGAUACGUUUCAAACCAUCUCUUUUCCAGCAUAUGGGUUAUUAUUCAUCUUACAAAGGAGCUGAGAAUAAAUUAAAAGAUGAUGACUUUGAAGAGGAUUCAUUUGAUCUUCCUGAUAACCCACCUGCCAUUCUUUAUACCAACAUGAACGUCUUUGAAAAUUAUGAAGCAAGCAAGGCAUAUAGUAGUGUUGAUGAAUAUUUUUGGGGCAAAGCACCGUCAACUGGGGAUUUCUAUGUGAUUGUCUUUGAAAAGCCUAUUAAAAUAAAUAGAAUUAAAGUUAUCACUGGGACAGAAGACCGACAAAAUGAUAUCCUUCACCAUGGGGCCCUGGAAGUUGGGGAAAAAAUUGUCGGGGGCAAAAAAGGCAGACAAUGUACUACUUAUUUGCGACUAGGGGAGUUUAAAAAUGGCAACUUGGAAAUUACAGAUGUGGAGCACAAAGUUCUUUUUGAUAUCAACUGUAUGAGAAUACUAGUUACCAAAAGUCAAAAAGAAUGGUUGAUCAUUAGGAGCAUUAGCAUAUGGACUUUACAGCCACCAAGUCAAUAAGGUAAAUCUACAGGAGUAGGUUUGCCUUUCUUUAUUAGGGAAAGAAACACUGUUGCUUGAAUCCCAAAUGGUGCCAUUCCCUAAAAUGACUGAAUUUUCUGAUGUUUUUUUUUCCUUUGCUACUGACAUUGACAGUCUGGGGAAUCACAAAACAAACAAAAGCAAUCUAGUUUUUACUUGUUCAGUCAGGCAAUAUACAAUGAUGAGUCUGCUGGAAUGUUUGAAUUUUAUAGGACGUGCAAACCAGUUCUCAUCCAUCUCUCAAGUUCCAAAUCCACUUCUCUGUUGUUUUCACCAUUUCCCCUUUGGGAAGAACAGAUGCUCAAAACAAAGCAAAUGCUGUUUCAUAAUUUAAAGUUUUUAUAGGCCCAUGCCAGUAUAUUGUCAAAAGAAUUUGACUCCAUCAUAUCACAUAUAAAUUAAAAAUGUGACGGUGGUUUGUGUUUGUACAGUGGUCGAUGGCUUGUUUUGUUUGAAAGGCAGUUUUGAUCUGGAAGUCCUGUUAAUGCAGCCAGUAUUCUCUACUGUGAGCCCUGUAAGAAAGCUGUGUUGAUACUCAUUGCAGCUGAAAAUACAUGUUAUAAAACUGUAA